GGGACAAGCAUGAAUGAAGAAGCCCGAAAAAAAGAAGACCCAUGGCCCAUUUACAGAUGUGGUUGAUGGUUGAAGGUGUCGCCGCCUGUUGAGGUGGCGGUGUGUGUGUGUGUGAGAGAGAGAGAGAGAGAGAGAGAGAGAUGUCGAGAUUCCGAAGACUGUUGCAAGCUUCUGUGGAUGCUACUAAGAGAGUUAUAGCCGGUAACCUCGAUGAUUUGAUGCCUCCACCGGAAAAAUACAUAUUCAGUUUUAAUUCCAAGCAAGAAUUAAGCAAGUGGCAUUUGUAUUCUGAUUCUGAAUUUGGAGGUUUGUCCUCUGCAUCUCUGCAGAUAACUCAAUCUGAAAAUGGACUAAGUUCUGGAAUCUUCUCUGGAAACCUUUCAUUGGAUGUCAAUGUGGAUUCUAAAUGUAAAUGGAACAUUACUCGUGGUGGCUUCUGUGGAAUGCGCUCCAAAAAGUUUAAUGGCUUCAUUGAUUUGGAUUCAUAUGAUACUGUUGCUAUGAAAAUUAAAGGAGAUGGAAGAUGUUACAUAUCUACUAUCUACACGGAGAAUUGGGUCAAUUCCCCUGGACAGAUGGAAGAUAAUUCGUGGCAAGCUUUUGUUUAUGUGCCUAAAGACAACUGGUAUAUUGCAAAGGUAUUAAUUUCAAUGAUUGACCAGAUUCCUCUAGCUCGAUAUUUACCUACCUGGAGAGGGAAUGUUAUAGAUGCAGAAAUGGAAAUGAAUCCAUCCCGUGUUCUGGGCAUGUCUCUGUCUGUCAAUGCUGAGGGUGGUGUUCCAGGUGCUAGAUCUGGACCGGGUGAUUUCAGAGUUGAACUUGAUUGGAUCAAGGCCAUGAGAACUGAAUGAAUUAUAGGUUACAGAUAAAAGUUAAGAAUUUUGCUCUUCUUUUAGGGUGAUAAAUUCUGACCUUGUUUGUAAUAAUAAUGUAUCUAUUUAUGUUUCAUAUAGGGAAAAUAUAUUCAUUAGUUAUUCCACUGUCAAUGUGCUCUUCUGGUAGUCAUGACUGCUAUAGUAGGUCCAAUAACGGAUUUGGAUUUCAUAUUCACAUGGAAGCAUUUCCAGAAAGCAGAAUUCAUUAUUUUCAUAAUGUGUAGUAGAAUUCAUUAUCUAUUUAACUUUUUUUUUGGGUUCAUCUA